AAUAAAAAAAGAAGUAAAACCCUGCAGCCGCGAAAAAGCGGGAGAAGAAUCGAGAUCCCCCAAAUCGCCGAAACUCUGAAACACCCGAAAUGGAGGAGCAACCCCACGCUGCCGAUUGCUCCUCCUCCGCCAGCCCGACGAACUGGCGGAAGGAGGUGGAGGGGCGGCUUCGGCGUAGUCACUCCCUCCUCUUCGGUGCCGACGCUGCGCUCGAGCGCGGGGAUGCAGCGGCGGCGCAGGUUCUCGUGCUCCGCCUCCUCGGCUUCCUCGAUUCCCAGACCCUCUACGCCGAUACGGGUCCUGAAGCCGCCUUCGUCGCGCCCAUCCGCGCCGCAGCCUCUUCCCGUCUCGCCGCUGCAUCCCGCGCCCGCGCGUCCGACACGGACCGUGCAGCGUUUGAGCUCGCAAAAAAGAUUGCUGGUUGUGUUUUUCCAAAGCAAGGAGACGUUAGCGUUGAAAAGAUAAAGUGUUCAAAGUAUUUUCAGGCUUUUCAUCAGACAUCCAAAGGAAAUGUUGCUGAUCAACUGAACCCAGCUUGUGAAAAGUUCACGAUUCAAGGGGGUCCACAUAUUGAGGAAAGCCCAGCUGGCAUAGACAAUGAGAAGCUUAGCAUUGCACAAACAAAAAUAACAUCAUUGUACAGUAACAAGUUCUUGAAGGCGAAUACUGUGUCACACAACAAUCUGUUCAAAUCAGAGGGGAACAUGUCUAAAGAGUUUGAUUGUGUUGAGAAUGAGAUCAGAACAAAUCGAAAUGAUAACAAGCAUCCUGCUUAUCUGGGGGUUGAAGAGGAUAAGAAACAUUGCGGGUCAUUGCAGACAUCAAAACGAAAACAUACAGGGUUCAGAAGUCCAAUAUGUGAACAUGUGAAUUCUCCAUUAAGCAAAGAUGCAGCUGAUGCUCCUGCCAAUGGAUUUGUGACUGCUAGGAUAAAGUUGGCGAUGGACGCUGUGCAAAAGCAUGGGCAUAAUGGCCACCAAGGUGCUUCUGUAUCUCCACAAUGUGAUAACAGCCUGAGUACACAGAAUUAUGGUGUGAGGCCAAGCUGGAAUUCUCGUCGUGGACCACGCGGUAAUUUUGUCCCCCCUAUCCGAAACAAUGGAGGAUCUACUUGCAAUGCAAUCAACUCACGAGGAAUUACUGGAAAAAAUGAUGAUUCGAUGGAAGAUUCAAUAAAAAAAUGCUUAGAAAUGCUUUGUGGCCCUGAUGGCGAGCUUCCUGAGAAGUUGCGGAAUUUGGAACCUCGCCUUAUUGAGCAUGUUAGUAACGAAAUAAUGGAUAAAGACCCUAAUGUUCGCUGGGAUGACAUAGCUGGAUUGGAUCAUGCAAAGAAGUGUGUGACAGAGAUGGUUAUUUGGCCCCUAUUGCGUCCAGACAUCUUUCGUGGUUGUCGGUCUCCUGGAAGAGGACUACUACUAUUUGGACCUCCUGGAACAGGCAAAACCAUGAUUGGAAAAGCAAUUGCUGGUGAGGCUAAGGCAACAUUUUUCUACAUAUCUGCAAGUUCACUCACGAGCAAAUGGAUUGGCGAGGGUGAAAAGCUAGUCCGGGCGCUAUUUGGUGUAGCCUGUUGUCGUCAGCCUGCUGUCAUAUUUGUGGAUGAGAUUGAUUCACUACUAUCUCAGCGCAAGUCAGAUGGUGAACAUGAAUCAAGUAGGAGGUUAAAAACACAGUUUCUAAUCGAGAUGGAAGGCUUUGACAGCGGAAACGAGCAAAUUUUACUUAUAGGAGCAACAAACAGACCUCAAGAAUUAGAUGAAGCAGCACGCAGGCGACUUACAAAGCGUCUAUACAUCCCCCUUCCUUCAUCAGAAGCACGUACUUGGAUAAUCCGUAAUUUAUUGGAAAAGGAUGGCCUUUUCAAGCUCUCAGAGGAAGAAACAGGUGUCAUCUGCAAGUUAACAGAAGGUUACUCGGGAUCUGAUAUGAAAAAUCUUGUGAAAGAUGCCUCAAUGGGGCCACUAAGGGAAGCUCUCCAACAGGGUGUUGAAAUCACAAAGCUCAACAAGGAGGAUGUGCGACCGGUGAUGCUCAAGGACUUUGAGGCUGCUCUGCAGGAGGUUAGACCUUCUGUUUCCACAAGCGAAUUGGGGAUUUAUGAAGAAUGGAACAAGCAGUUUGGCAGCCUAUCAAUCUAAUUUGUAUGGGGAUAUUCUCAAGAAACAAAGAAUGCCAGGUUUCCCUUGCGACAACACAUUGCAUGAGAAUGUGGUACGAAGUGUCUUCCUCUUGGCCGCAUAGAAAAAAGGAGGUCCAAAGCCUGCAAACCAUGUUGGGCAUGUCUAUCAGAGGUACAAAGUCUAUACUGGAACGCAAGCCAUCCAAAAAUUCCGCAGUUUAGUGGCACCUUGUUCUUCUAGAUGCAAUCAGCUCUUGUGAAACGAAUAACACCUUGGCAAAGCAAUUGGUAGGCCGAUCUUGCAGAGCACUAACAAUGCCCGCGUGAUGACACGCCUCGCCCCACUGAUACGUCAUGUUUGUAUAUGUUGUUGAUACGUCAUGUUUGUAUAUGUUGUCUUUAUUACAUGCUAUAAAUUUGUAUUUGAAGAGAAGUAUAUGAGUAAGAUUGUGAUCAUAAAAAAGGAAGACAUGCAUAGAAGCAAAUUGAAAAGGAUAUAUUUAUUAUCACCAUGCGUGGUGCAUAUCAAGGAACACGAAGCACAUGUUGAUACAUUCGUAAUAAGAUUAAACACGGUAAAUUCAGCAACUUGAA